GGGGCCAAGGCGGCCCGCGCCGCGCCGCGCGCGCCCCACGCCGAGCCGGGCUCCAUCGGCGAGCACGAGCGCGCCAUCGACUUCAGCCCGUACCUGGAGCCGCCGCCGCCCGACGCCUUCGCCGCCGCCGCGCCCGCCGGCCGCGCACUCUACGGCGCCAAGGCCGGCAAGAAGGCGGCGGCCGACUACGGCUACGUGAGCCUGGGCCGCCCCGGCGCCGCAAAGGCCGCGCCGCCCCCCGCCUGCUUCCCGCCGCCGCCACCGCCACCGCCGCCGCCCGCGGAGCUCAAGGCCGAGCCGGGAUUCGAACCCGCGGACUGCAAGCGCAAGGACGACGCGCCCGCCAUGGCGGCCGGCUUCCCGUUCGCGCUGCGCGCCUACCUGGGGUACCAGGCGGCGCCGAGUGGCAGCAGCGGCAGCCUGUCCACGUCGUCGUCGUCCAGCCCACCCGGCACGCCGAGCCCGGCCGACGCCAAGCCGCCGCCCGCCGCUUGCUUCCCGGGGCCCGCGGCCGCCGCGCCCGCCAAGCCCAAGGCCAAGAAGGCGGUGGACAAGCACAGCGACGAGUACAAGAUCCGGCGCGAGCGCAACAACAUUGCCGUGCGCAAGAGCCGCGACAAGGCCAAGAUGCGCAACCUGGAGACGCAGCACAAGGUGCUGGAGCUCACGGCGGAGAACGAGCGGCUGCAGAAGAAGGUGGAGCAGCUGUCGCGCGAGCUCAGCACGCUGCGGAACUUGUUCAAGCAGCUGCCCGAGCCGCUGCUGGCCUCGGCCGGACACUGCUAGCGCGGGGUGCAGCGGGUGCAGCGGGAGGGACGCACCCCUUGCACCGGGCUGCCUGCACCGGGAUGUCUGCACCGGGAUGCACCCCCAGAACCCCCUGCACCGGCCCCACCGCCGGGUUGAUGCAACGCAGGGCCUGCGUGGACGCGGGGACUGACGCAACACGCGUGCAACUGAACUGUCAGCCGGCCGCCGAGUCACCGCUUCGAGAUGUUGAUGUUUUUGGUUUUUCGGUUUUUUUUUUGUCUUAUUAUUUUUUUGUAUUAUAUAAAAAAUCUAUUUCUAUGAGAAAAGAGGCGUAUGUAUAUUUUGGGAACCUUUCCGUUUCGAGCAUUAAAGUGAAGACACUUUUAAUAAACUUUUUUUGGAGAAUGUUUAAAAGCCUUU